CAUUGAAUUCUGUUAAAAUAUAUUGAGCAAUUAUAUAAACGUUUUACUUUUUCAAAUAGAUCAAUUCAUUGUUCACAUGGCUCCAAUAGAAUCAUCAAACAAUAAUCAAAAUAUGGAUACACUUUGGGGUACCCAUAGUUUAUGGAUCAAUCUAGUGAUUGAUCCACAAAAUUUGAAUGAUGAAUUCAUCCGAAAUCAUAGUGAAAGUGAAAUAUUCGAUCUGAUGGUAUAUCUCAUACAUAAUGGAAUCACAAUACAAGUUUCAAUCGUAUCAUUACAUGGUAGUACGAAUGCUGAUGAUAUACAAAAACGUAAUAUUGAAAUGAAAAAAUUGUAUACGAUAAAAUUUCUUUUAUUCAAAUUAUUAUCACAUUUUCGUUGGCUUUUACCUACCAUUCAUACUAAUUUGCCAAGUGUUCAUCAAGAAUUUUGUUUUACUGAAUUUAAAAAAUUUUGUGAACAAGAAAUCAAUGUACCAGAAGAUUGGCGAAUGUUUGCCGAUUUAAUCUAUCAUCGAUGGAUUGUUUAUUUUGAACAAAAAAGUACAUAUCCAACCAAAAAUAGUUCAAAAUCCAAUAAUCUGGCAACGAAUCCAACGAAUCUGGAUCCAUAUACUGUACCGGCUGAAAUGCAAGAAAAUAUGUUGAAAAAAGUUCAAACCACUUGCCAUUAUUCGGUGAAUGAAAUUGAAAAAUAUAUCAAACAGUUGGAAUAUAAUAAUUUCAUUCAGAUUAAUGUACCAACAUUCGAUUGUUUCAUGGUAGAUAAUAAUGAUCAGGAGAAAAAUUUUCGAUUUUUCAAUCAUCAAAACGUGACCAUAAUGGAUAAGAAUAAAUUUCUCGACAUUAUCUAUUAUGAGCUAGCAAUAUGGAAUUAUAUUCACGAAGAUUAUGUUAAAGCCAAUGAUUAUUUCACCAGAAUCAAAGAUAAAUCAUCACAAGAAAAUUGUCACGACUAUCUUCACAUAACAUCAUGUAUGACAAUGAAAAAAUAUCGAAUUAAUGAUGAAAAAAUCAAUGAAACAUUGGAGAAAAGAUUGACAAAAUUUCUAACAUUUUAUGUUAAACAAAAUUUUAAUGAAAAUCAUAUUUUUCUUGAAAAUUUUGAUUAUCACAAUAAUGAUCCGAAAAAAAUGGCUCAAAUUCUGAAAAAUUUCCAUCAAACAUGUAAAAAUAAUCGCGAAGAAAUGCAACAAUUAAAACGGCUGUCAAUAUAUUUAAAUUUUAAAUGUAAAGGUUUAUUGGAAAAUUUAGAUGCAAAUUUUCGUGACACAAUAUUGAAUGCAGAUCAAAAACAGGAUUCUAAAGAAAAACUGGACAAUGAAUUUAUAGAAGAAGGAGAAAUUCAUGAUGAAGAUGUUGGCGUUCAAAUGGAAAAUGAUCCUGAAUUGUGUAUGUUACAAGCUACUGAUCCGGAAAUAAUUCUUGGUCUAAUUCCUUCCAUUCAACGUAUACCAUCAUUGAUUAAUAAUAGAUGGAAUUUGAAUAAAUUUGAGCCCAUUUUGGCCAAUUAUAAUACUACACUUAGCCAGGCUGAUUUAAGAAAAAUUCAUAUAAUUCUGGCUAAAGCUAAUGAACUAAGGCAAGCAAAAUAUUUUCAUGAAUCAAGAGUUCUUUAUCUUUCAUUACUAGAAGAUAUACAAGCAUCGCAGCCAAUUUUAGCUGAAACAAUUCGUUAUGAAUUAUUGCAAACUGAUCUUGAACGAUUCUUUUCUGUUGAUCAUAAAACAAAAACAAAAUCCACUUCACAACAUCGUGAUUUAGAAGGCAAAUGUAUUGAAUUCUGUCGUUAUAUUGAUAAACAAAAAUUUGUUUAUUUCACCGAAUUAUCUGAAUUGGUUUGUCUAUUUUUAAUCGAAUACAAUUAUAGCAAUUCAAUGUUGGAAAUGAUUAAUCAUCCUGUGGAUAUAAUACGAUUCGCUUCAUUAUUAUGUCAUUUAACCAUCAAUUCUGAUUCACGUGAUAAUAAAGCAAAAGAAUUUUGGGAUUUUUGUCUCGGUUCAUUCAUAUUACCCACAUCAAAAUAUGCAAAUAAUUUUCCUCGUAUUAAUUUUGCAAUUUCAUUGGCCGAUUUUAUUUGUAAAUUGAAAAACAAUACAAUAGCCAUAAAUAUGAUAUCGGCCAGCCUAAUCAAACUUUAUUGUACGAUCAAAGAACAUUCGAUACAACAAAUAAUGUCCAUUUGUCCAAAAUUUUAUGAUCUAUUUCCUUCGUCAAUGUCAACAAAUUUAAUUAAUUCAAUUGAUGGUCAAUUGUUGAACAUUACGAUUGAUCAAACAUUUCGUACAUAUAUACGUGUGCUACCACAAGAAAUGCCCAUUGCCAGAUAUUAUGCUGAAUUUUUAAUGAAUGAAAAUCAAUAUACACAGGCAUUGAAACAUUUUAUCGAAAUAAUUAUGUAUCAAACAAAUUAUUUCACCUGUUUUGAUAAUAAUGGUAUUAAUGAAUCAAUUAUUCAUCAGAUGAUUAUUUGUUCGAAAAAAUUGGAUCAUCAUAUUCUUGCCGGUAUAUUAUAUCAAUUGAUGGCCAAUCCAGAUUAUGGCCAUGCAUUUAAAGAUUUAUCACAGAAUAAUUUUAUCGAUUCAUCCGAUGAUCUUUAUGAUUGUAUUUGGGAUGUAACAUUGUUGGAAUAUUUAAUUAAUUAUCAUACACGUCGUGGUGAAGAUGAACGAAAACAAAAAGCCAUACAUUUGAUAUCACAAUUGGAUAUUAAUUCAAAUAAUAAUAUCAAUAUUCUACGUGAAGCGGCAAAUCUACGUAAGAAUAAAUUAUUCACUAUGUUAGCCAAACAAUAUCUUUGAUGAAUAUAUACAAAUGUGUUUUGUGUAAUAAAAUAAUCACGUUGUUGUAAACCAAAAAAUGAAUAAAAAUGUAAAACAAAUAUAAAAUUUGGUUACCAUUUCUAACGAUAGACGGCAGCACCUGUUUUGCGAAACACAUUGCGAUUGCGAAAAAUUUCAAAUUGAAUAAAUUGAACCAACAUUCAGAAUAA